AUGGAGCAGUGGGCGUACUACCUCUGCCUUCUCUUGGCUCUCCUCCUUCCUCUUCUUCUCUUCAAGCUCAACGGGAAGCAUAGCAGCGGCAAUGGCGGCCUGAGUCUGCCACCCGGUCCGUGGCGGCUACCUGUCAUCGGCAGCCUUCAUCACCUUGCCGGCAACCCGCUCAUGCACCAUGUCAUGCACCAUGUCGACGCGCCUCUCAUGUACCUCAAGCUUGGCGAGGUGCCGGUGAUGGUGGCCACGUCCCCGGAGGCUGCCCGCGAGAUCAUGAGGACGCACGACGUCGUUUUCGCUACGCGGCCGUGGAGCCCCACCAUGAAGAUCAUGAACUCGGAAGGGCUGGUAUUCGCGCCCUAUGGCCCCUUGUGGUGGCAGCUCCGCAAGAUCUGCAUCCUAGAGCUUCUCGGCGCACGCCGCGUGCAGUCAUUCCGCCACAUCCGGGAGGACGAGGUCAGCCGACUCGUAGCCGCCAUCGCGGCGGCGCCGCCCAUGGAGCCUGUGAACGCGAGUGAGCGAAUUGCCGUCCUCAUCACCGAUUCGGCGGUGCGCGCCAUGAUCGGGGAAAGGUUCAAGAGGCGUGAGGAGUUCUUGCAGACACUCGAGGAUGGUGUCAAGAUUGCCGGUGGGUUCAGCCUCGGCGAUCUAUUCCCAUCGUCGUGGCUCGCGAGCUUCAUCAGCGGCACGGCCAGGCGGGCCGAGGAGUACCACCGCAAGAGCUUCGAGCUCAUGGAGUACACGAUCAAGCAACAUGAGGAGCAGAGGGCCACCGCCGCCUCGGUGAACAGUGCCAUGGAGGAAGGAGAGGACCUAGUGGACGCGCUCCUGAGGAUACGCAAGGAAGGUGGCCUCGAUGUGCCUCUUACCAUGGGAAUGAUCAAAGCAGUUAUACUUGAUCUAUUUGGUGCCGGAAGCGAGACAUCAGCAACCACUCUCCAAUGGGCCAUGUCAGAGCUCAUGAGGUGCCCAAAUGUGAUGCGGAAGGCACAGGCUGAAGUACGCAACAACCUCCAAGGAAAGCCUAAGGUCACCGAGGAUGACUUGAUCAAUCUCAAGUACCUCAGACUCGUCAUCAAGGAAACAAUGCGGCUUCAUCCAGCUGCACCGUUGCUUCUCCCUAGGGAGGCUAGGGAGCCUUGCAAAAUCCUUGGGUACGACGUCCCCAAGGGCACCACGGUGUUGGUGAACGCAUGGGCAAUCGGAAGAGACCCUAAGCACUGGGAAGACCCCGAGGAGUUCAAGCCAGAGAGGUUUGAAUCUAGCAUGGUUGAUUUCAAAGGAACAGACUUUGAGUACAUACCAUUUGGGGCAGGUCGAAGGAUGUGCCCUGGCAUGAUGUUUGCCCAGGCUAGCAUCCAGAUUGUGCUGGCCGCACUUCUCUACCACUUCGACUGGGAGCUGCCAAUAGGGGUGAAACCAAAUGGGAUGGACAUGACAGAGGAAAUGGGCCUCACCGUCCGACAGAAGAACAACCUGUACCUGCAUGCUGUGGUUCGUGUGCCCCCGGUUUAA